CACAUCGGGCCACAACAGACAUACCUGCACCCUCUCUCUGGACUUCUUUUCAUAUCAAGAGGACGGGACUCGAACAUCGUUGCCCAUAUAUGGCGUGCGGUCGCUACAGUGAGCACUAUGCCAACUCCGUCCGCCUGGCGGCGCUUCUGAUCAAGAAAGGGACGCCGACUCUCCUUUCUUACUUGUUGGACAACUUACCAAGGUGUGAUGAUUACGACAACCCCUGCCUGCCAUGCACACACGAGUUCAGAACUCACCACCUGAGACACGUGCUGCAGCUGUACAGCCCUCUGCUCAAGCACCUGCGCUUCGGUACAGGUGGUUAUCAGAAAGUCCUGGGUCAGCAGGAGUAUGAGCAGCUGUACCCGCUGUCAGGGAUCCCCUGUAACCCCCAUCUCUUCAGCUUCACCCUGCUCUUCACCCUCAUCCGGCAUCUCUGCGGGCCGCGGGACGCCGGCUGGCCGGGGUGGGACCGCGCCCCCCUCAUCACCGAGAAGUCCCCGGAGUACGACGUGAUCCGGCUGAGGCAGUUCCGGGACGUCCUGUACUCGCACCUCCCGCGGGGCGACGUGCGCGGGCCGGUCUUCGCGAAGUGGUGGACGUACCUGUCCGCCGUGCUGAUCCGGCUGGGGCUGAGGGAGGCGGAGAUCGAGAGGUUCAGGCUGGAGGUGGAAGUCGUGGACGAGGACACGGUAAAGUUUCUCGCGGAGAUGCAGAGGCAGUACCGGGAGGAGAGGGAGACCCCUGCGUGUGAGAAGGAUUACGCAAACAUCGACGUGAGGCUGAAGCCUGCGGAGGAUGGGGAAAUAGACAGGGUUUUCGACAGCGCGAGAUACACCGGACGAUACUGAU